AUGGACACAGACAGUACUACAUAUGUAGGAACUCAUUAUGAAUAUAUGGCCAAACAAGCACUAGAGCGGUUAGGCAUGUCUCUCAGGCAGGUUGGUGGAAAAUCAGAUUGUGGAAUUGAUCUAAUUGGAACGUGGUCAUUACCCACCGCUCCCCAACCUUUGAAAGUCCUCAUACAGUGCAAAGCAUUUGCAGCCAAAAUAAAGCCAGCUCAAGCUCGGGAACUAGAAGGGACUUUUGUGGGUGCUCCGCAAGGAUGGAGAACAUCAAGUGUAUUGGCAUUUUUAGUCUCGCAGCAAGCAGCUACCAAAGGUGUGAGAGAAGCUCUAGGCAGGAGUCAAUGGCCGAUGGGCUACGUACUGUGCGGAGCGGAUGGAAAGAUUAUGCAGAUGUUGUGGAACCGAAAAGCAGCUGACGAAGGUUUGGGGGGCUUAGAAGUUGAGAUGCACUAUACUGGUGGUAAUCGGAAUGAAAGGGAAGCCAUUUUGACACACAAGGGAAAGGCUGUUAAAAAUUGA